AUGGCCAAAGCUGAGCCAAGUGAGAAGCAGCAUAUCAGCGAGGAGCCCGUCACACUCGGUAACUGGUAUCAACAUGUCAACUGGGUCAACACGACCCUUAUCCUGAUCGUACCCGUCGGUGGCGUCGUCGCUGCAUUCUAUACACAGCUGAGGGCAGUCACAGCUGCUUGGGCAAUUCUCUACUACUUCUGGACGGGACUGGGUAUCACUGCUGGCUAUCAUCGUCUGUGGGCGCACAGAUCUUACGAAGCUGGCCUUCCAGUUAGGGUAUUCCUCGCAUGUGUCGGCGGUGGCGCCGUGCAAGGCUCAAUCCGGUGGUGGAGCAGUAAGCACAGGGCACACCACCGAUGGACCGACACGGUCAAGGACCCAUACAGCGUCAUGAAGGGUCUUUGGUAUUCGCAUUUCAUGUGGAUGGUUCUGAAUCAAAACCCAAAGAACCGUGGCAGAACUGACAUCUCCGACUUGAAUGAGGACCCGGUCGUCGUCUGGCAGCACAAGCACUAUGGAUCUGUCAUCUUGGUCUUCGGGAUGCUGUUCCCUAUGCUCGUUGCUGGCCUCGGAUGGGGUGACUGGAAGGGUGGCCUUGUCUAUGCUGGAAUUCUUCGGUUCUCGUUCGUGCAGCAAGCCACCUUCUGCGUCAAUUCUCUCGCCCAUUGGUUGGGUGAGCAGCCAUUCGACGACAGAAACUCGCCUCGCGACCACGUCAUUACCGCGCUAAUCACUCUUGGCGAAGGCUACCACAACUUCCACCACGAGUUCCCCUCCGACUACCGCAACGCUAUCGAAUGGUGGCAAUAUGAUCCCACGAAGUGGUCAAUCUGGGUGUGGAAACAGCUCGGUCUAGCAACCAACCUCAAGCAGUUCCGAGCCAACGAAAUCGAGAAGGGUCGUGUGCAACAACUGCAGAAGAAGCUCGACCAGAAACGCGCUAGGCUUGAUUGGGGUGUCCCUCUGCAAGAGCUGCCUGUUGUCGACUGGGACGAUUUCAUUGCGGAAGCUCAAAGUGGCAAGGCUCUGGUUGCCAUUGCUGGUGUUGUUCACGAUGUGGGCAAAUUUAUCAUGGAACAUCCUGGUGGUAAAACCCUCAUUUCAUCGGCCAUCGGUAAAGAUGCCACUGCCAUUUUCAACGGUGGUGUCUACUCUCACUCUAAUGCCGCUCACAACCUCCUUUCCUCGAUGCGAGUUGGCGUGAUUCGCGGUGGUGGUGAGGUUGAGAUUUGGCGUCACCGAAACAAUCAAAAGGGAGUUUAUGCGUGA